AUGACCAAUCAUCGUGAGUGGCUUACCGGAUUGAGGGAGUCUAGUGUACCCUACGUUCUGUUGGGCGAUGAAGGAAAACUGAGUGUGAAGGGGGAAGGAGAGUUGCUGCUCCAGGGAGAGUACGGGGAGCUGAAACUGGAGAAUGUGCUUUUAGUGGAGAAGCUGUCACUGAAUCUGAUCAGCCAAACUCAACUUGACAGCACGGGGUGCAAAACCUUCAGCGACAAGGGGAAGCUGUGGGUUUUCAAUGACGAUUGGAAGGUGGUUGCAGAAGGGAACAGAAAUCAGGGGUUGUAUGAAAUUAAGCUGAGGAAGAAGGGGCUGGAGGAUGAGAAUGCCACCUACCUGCCAUCACUCGAAGGGGACCUAGCUAGGGAGGAGUUGAAGGCUCGGCUUGGUGGCUUACCAGUGAAGGAGCUGCAGCAGGAAGCUUCAGCCAUGGUGGUUGGGAUGGAGAAGGUGGAAUUGGAGACCUUGCACAGGCGCAUGGGGCAUGCAAGCAUGGAUAGGGUCAAGGAGUUGGUAAAAAGGGGCAUGGUAAAAGGAAAGGUCACGAUCACCCGGGAUGUUGUCUUCUACGAGGAGGUGAACUACCUGCAGUGGAAGGGAAUAGAGAAAGAGAUUGCAGCAGCAGGGACAGCAACUGCACCGGACAAGGUGGAGGAUCUUUUGGAGGAAAAGGAGAGUGAGGGAGUUGGAGAUGAAGGAGAUGAGGAGCUUGAAGAUGUGGAACGGGCAGAUUCAGUCGAUUGGGUGUGGGAGAAGGUACCAACCAGUGAAGCGGAUGAAACCAAUGGAGUGGAGAUAGCAGGGGAGCAGCCAAGCAAUGAAGUAGCUGAGGGUGGCAAUGAUGAAGUGGCUGGAGAAGAGGGAGAUGAAGAAUCAGCAGCUGAAGGAGAUAGUGAUCCUUGGAAGCUCAUAGAUAGUGAAGACAGCAAUGUCAAGAUGAGAGAGAUAGCGGACCUGCUUAAGGAAGGUGCCAUCAUCAUUGGAAGGGAAGUGAAAUCUGGAGAUGAGAAUGAGAAGGCAAAGGAGGAUCUCAGUGGAGAUGAGGCUGAAUCACCUACAGAGGAGUUGGGGAAAGGAAAGAGGGUGAAGAAACCAAACCCUCGCUACUGA